GCGCCAUACUGCUCUAGACGCACUCCGUCAAUAGGACUCUAGUGACAAUAAACCUAACCGAUCGAUGUCAGACUUAAAGCUCGAAUUCGAAGCCCUCAACAAUACUGGAAGCAACUACAAACGAUGGGCAUCUGCAUGUACCACAUUCCUUACUACCAUGGACGUCGAAGAAUGGCUCACCAAUGACUUUCCUGCUCCACCAUCAAAAGCUCAAAAGACAUCACAUGCAAAAGCACUGCAUGUCAUAAAGAAGCAUAUGUCUGACAAACAACUCGAGGCCAUAGAAGGGCUGGAAACAGUGAAGGAAAUCUGGAAUAAGCUCAAAUCAUCAUACGAUACCACUGAAUCCAUUCGCUUACCUCAUGCACGUAAACUCUGGAACGACCUCCGAGUCAACGAAUAUAAAUCUUUAGCAGCAUUCGAUAUAGAGAUGAGGAAGGCAAUUACUGAAAUGAAAUCUGCUGGAGCUGGAGCUGAAGUCACUGAGCCCCACAAGAUUGAAAAGAUCCUAGCCAACUUACCACCAGCCUACGAACCGAUCGCUGAUGCUAUCAGAAUAAACAAAGAUACGAUAAAUACGUAUGAGAAAGUAUUGCAGAAGCUGCAGGAGAAGGAAGCCAUAUUAUCCAGUCGUGCAGCACCUCCACCAGACCUCAGUAUACCUGGUUCCAGCAAAGACAAAGAAGAAAAUAUGUCGUUAGACGACAAAGGAAAGGAGAAGCCAGCCAAAGAUCCAGGAAAGAAUACUGAUAGAGGAAGAGGUAGUCGUGGUCGUGGAGGUGGAAGAAAGCAACAACAACAACGAGGGGGAUAUAGAGGUCAAUUCAACAACAACUACCGAGGAAACAACUACCGAGGAAGCAACUACCGAGGAAAUAACUACCGAGGCAACUAUCGAGGAAGAUAUAAUCAGAAUCAGUAUAACAACUAUUACAACAACAACCCUCGUCAAGCACCAAACAUCCAGAACGAUACUUUUACUAUUGACGACGAAAUGCUACAUAUUGAACCCACAGCCAUCGACUUGACAAACGAUGAUGAGACAGAUGUCAAAGAGAUAAACACUGGUGACGAUGUGGAAGAAGUAAUCUACACACCUUCUACUCGUGAUCCAACACCUAUAAAGGAUAAUCAGUCAGUAGUAUAUACAAUGUCGGAAACUCGAAAACAUCCCAAGACCACUAUCACAUUACCACAACAAAUAUCUGCAGAGAAAGUGCAAGAACUAGUCAACUUCUUUAUCAAUGUCAACAAGCCACAUAGCGAAGAAGAUGAAGUUGAUUACGAAGACGACACCGAACUGUAUGUGAUGGAGAACAUAAAGUCAAUAUUGAAGAACCCAAACCACACAGAUACAGAUAUAGCCUUGAUAGAUUCUGGAGCCAGAGCUACAUACUUGUCAAGGAAAGAAUACUUCGACAAACGAUCAUACCGUAAAGGGUCAAAGACGAUACGAUACUUUGGAAACGUCACGAAUGAUGAACUAGUAGAAGGUUACGGUGAAGCUACAGUCAUAGUGGAUGGUCUUCAAAUCCACAUACCAACCGCAUACUACUCACCUGAGGGAAAUGUCAACAUUCUAUCAACAGAUGAUCUGCAAUAUUUGAAUUAUGGUUUAUACCAUGAUCAUAUAAUACUCGAUGACAAAAGAAUCAAUUACAUACCCAAUUACAAACGACCGCACUGUAUAAAGAUCAAGCCACCUGAUCCAGAAGAAGUGAUGACAGUGGAAGAGAACAUCAGCCCCAAUAUAUUACAUCAAAGGAUGGGUCAUGCAUCAGCUACAACCAUAAAGAAAAUUAAAGACAUCAAUACUGUCAAUGUAAAAGAAGGCGAAAUAGAUUACUGUCAAGCUUGUGUGGAGAGUAGCCAUGUUCGUAAACCAUUUACCGAAACAGGCGACACACAAGUAGACAUUGGAGAGAGACUAGACGUCGACACAAUAGGACAAAUACGUCCCAUGUCCCAAAGAGGACACCAGUACAUACUUGUCACAGUUGACUACAGAAGUAGAAAAGGAUUUAUAUACCCAAUGAAGACCAAAAACGAAGCCUACCAACAUAUUCUUACCACCAUAUUCCUUAUCAAAACCCACCAUUCGCAAUGUACCUUGAAGUUUGUAAGACUUGAUAAUGCUGGUGAAUUCAAGUCAAUAGUAUUCGAUAACUUCUGUCGAGCAAAUGGUAUUACGGCACAAUACUCAACACCACACACUCCACAGCAAAAUGGAAUUGCAGAAGCCUAUAAUAAGAAGUUAACAAGAGUAGCACGAACUAUAUUACACCACUCCAACUUACCAUUAAGUUAUUGGCACGAUGCAUAUCUGCAUGCCAACGAUCUUAUCAGCAAUUGGCCACAUCAAGCUCUAAACCAUGAUUCUCCCAACCAUGUCUUUAACUUGAAUACGUCUAUGAAUGCCAUAAGAGUGUUUGGAUGUCAAGUAUGGGCACCAAUACCAAAAUCUCUACAAAAAGGGAAGAUGUCAAAUCAAAGACAAGAAAAGAUAUAUGUCGGUUACCUUGGAAGUAGCAUUGUCAAACUACUAGACCCAACAACUGGCAACUACACUACGGCAACGCUGAAAGAAUGUGUUGUAAAUGAGACCGUAUUUCCAAAGAUGGAAGCCAACAUACAUCCUGCCGACACGGUAGUAGACAUACCUGAUACAGCAACUGCGGACCACUUAGCAAAUCAAUUACUACUGUUGAGAGUCAUAAGAGAGCAACCAAAUCCAUACUUAAUGUCGCAAAAUACGACACCAGCUCCCAAAUCGACACCUAAAACAAACAAGAAACGAAAGAAUGUCAGCUUUAACGACACUGAAAAUGAUGAAACGACACAACAUGUCGAAUCGACACCAACGACACCUACUAAACGAAGAAAUACCAAAUCGACAAAAGAUGUCGACGAGGAUGAUGAUGAGUAUUUACCACCAAUGUCGCAUAAAGCGACACCAAUGUCGCAUAGUUCGACACCAUUGUCGCAUACCUCGACACCAAUGUCGCAUGAUUCGACACCAAUGUCACAUAGCAUGACACCAAAACAAUCCCAAAGAGUGGUGGUAAUACAAGAUGAAGAGCAUGAAAAUGAAAAUGAAGAUGUCGAAGAAGACACCAUAUCAUAUUCGACAGCAAGACAAUCCAUAUCAACAAAAAGACAACCCGUGUCAAUAUCAUCAUCCAAGACAGACAAUGUCGGAAAAAAUGUCAAAAGGAAUAUCCCUUCCAUGUCGAAAAUGUCGAAGAAAACCAUGUCUACCAAAGACACCAUGUCACAAGAUGACAAUGACGAUGAGCCUAUAGUGAUACAUUCAGUACCACAAAGAAAGCAGUCCCCAAAAGACCUAAUGCUUUUAUACAGCAGUCAGCAAAAGAAACAAGACAAUGUCAGAAUAAUCGACACCCAACAAACUUCACCACCGAAAACUGAAUCAAUGCCAAAUACAUACCCAACUACAAUAGAAGAAUGCAAAACAUCCAACGACUGGCCUAGAUGGAAAGCAGCUAUAUUAGAUGAAUUGAAAUCACUGCAGAAAAGAGAAGUGUUUACGGUACAUAUCGAACUUCCAAAAGGAGCAAAAAUGGUAGACCAUAGAUGGGUGUUCACCACGAAGCAAGAUGUCCACGGCAACAUAUCCAAAUAUAAAGCUAGACUAGUCGCCAAAGGAUUUAGCCAGCGUCCAGGUUUUGAGUACGAGUCAACAUAUUCGCCAGUGGUGGACAUAGCAUCCUAUAGGUUAUUGUUAGCUUUAUCGAUACACUACAACUGGAAAAUAGCGACACUAGACGUUGUAACGGCAUACCUGUAUGGAACGCUGGAGCACGAUAUAUACAUGAAGGUGCCUCCAGGGAUCGAAAUACCAUCCACGAUCCACAAUCCAGUAGUACGGCUGAAUCGAGCACUAUAUGGACUAAAACAAAGUGGUCGUGAGUGGUAUCACACACUAGCAAGAGUCCUGCAAUCAAACAAAUACCAUACCCAUAUCCAACAUCCAUCUAUAUUCUUCCGUAUAUUGAAUACAGGUCCAGUAGUAGUGUCAAUCUAUGUAGAUGAUUGUUGUGUGAUAGGAAGUCAGAUGUCAGUGAAUACAACAAGAGAAAUGCUGAAAGCUACCUUUGAAAUGAAGGACUCUGGUAUACUACAUCCAGAAAAGCCAAUCCAGUGCAUUGGAAUCAAAAUCCAAUUGACACGAUAUGGUCUUUUCAUCAACCAGGAAAAUACUAUAAAAGACUUGUUGAUUAGUACCCAUAUGAUAAAUAGCAAGCCAUCAACUAUACCUUUACAAAUUCGAAACUUAUCCAAUGACAUCUACGGUCCUCGUUUGAAUACGGAGCCUGAGUAUUGGAACAUAAAACGAUAUCAGUCAGUUUUGGGAAGUCUGACAUACUUGUCGGUUACAAGUAGACCUGACAUAGCAUUUGCCACAAACCUCUUGGCACGAUAUAGCCACUCACCAUCGAAACGUCACUGGAAUGGUCUCAAACAAGUGUUGAGAUACUUGAAAGGAACCAAAGAAUUAGGACUGCUAUACAAAUAUGGAACAGAUCAAACACGUCAAAGACCAAUAGACUUACGUGUCUUCGUAGAUGCUGGAUUCCUAUCUGACAUAAAAACGGCCAAGUCACAAACGGGAUACGUGAUUCUACUAAAUGGAACUGCCGUGUCAUGGAGGUCAACCAAACAAUCCACUGUCGCUACUUCAUCAAUGCAUUCUGAACUGAUUGCUCUAUAUGAAUCGACACGAGAACUAACGUGGAUCAGGUCACUACUGUCAAAUCUGUCACAAAUAUUAAAGACACAACCAUUGUCACCAACUACAAUCUACGAAGAUAAUCAACCGUGUAUAAGGCACGUACAGUCUGGAUACAUCAAGUCUGAAGCCACAAAGCACAUGGCACCAAAAAUAUUCUACACUUACGAACUGAUAAAAAAUCAACAAAUUACCGUACAUUAUACACCCUCCACAUCCAACAUUGCAGAUAUACUUACCAAAACAUUACCAGCCAACAAACAUCAACAACUACGUAAAAUGCUGGGUAUGUGUACACUGCAUGAAUUGUCGCAAGUCAAUACUCUUUCCUCCUUUGCCUAG